GGAGGGAUGCGAGGCAAGGUUGCCUGAGGAUCUGUACAAUCUGCGGCUGGCUAGCAGGCAGGCGGCAGAGCCGGCGAGGGGGCAUGUGACAGGGCUAGGGGCCCGCAGCCCGCCAAAGCCAUGCCCGCCGCCCGCGCCCGCCGCCACAAGCCGCCCAGCAUGGACGGGGCACUACUCUACUUCUCUCUCCUGUGCCUCGGCCACCACCUCCCGGGGAGCUCAGCCUUCAAUCUGGAUGUCACCGAGACCAUCCUCAAGUAUGGAGACAACGGCAGCUUCUUCGGCUUCUCCGUGGCGUUGCACCAGCAGCUCAGACCUCAGCCUGUCAGCUGGCUGUUGGUGGGAGCUCCGCAGGCUGCUGCUUGGUGGAGUCAAAAGGCCAUGAGGACAGGUGGCUUGUAUGCCUGCCCUCUUACCUAUGAGACGAAUGACUGCAGACGUGUUCCCAUCGAUGAGGGAGUUGACCUGAAGAAGGAGAGCAAGGAGAAUCAAUGGCUGGGAGUCACUGUCAAGAGCCAGGGCCCCGGAGGCAAGAUCGUGACCUGUGCCCACUUGUAUGAAUCCCGCAACCGGGUCAAUGAACCGCUGGAGACGCGGGACGUGAUCGGGCGCUGCUAUGUACUCGGCGAGGGGCUGCAAGAGUCAGACGAGCCGGAUGGCGGUGAAUGGAAGUUCUGCGAAGGGCGGCCGCAGGGGCACGAUCGCUUUGGCUUCUGCCAGCAAGGGAUGGCAACCGGCUUCACUGCGGAUAGGCACUACAUCCUCUUCGGGGCACCCGGCACCUACAACUGGAAGGGAACCAUGCGGGCAGAGGUGAGUGGCUUGGAUCUGAGUCACUACGACGACGGGCCGUAUGAAGCCGGGGGAGAAAAGGACCAGGACCCCUCUCUCAUUCCGUUGCCUGCCAACAGCUACCUUGGCUUUUCCCUAGACUCUGGCGUGGGGCUCACCAGGAAGAACGAGCUGAGCUUUGUGACAGGGGCGCCCCGAGCCAACCACACGGGGGCAGUGGUGAUCCUUCAACGAGACAAUGUCAACCGGCUGGUGCCCGAGGUCAUCCUCCCGGGAGAGAAGCUCGCCUCCUCCUUCGGCUAUUCCCUGGCUGUGGUGGAUCUCAAUCAUGAUGGGUGGAUGGACUUGGUGGUUGGGGCCCCAAACUUCUUUGAUCGGAAGGAAGGGAUUGGAGGUGCUGCCUAUGUAUACAUCAACCAGGCGGGGCACUGGGAUAAUGCCCUCCCUGUGCGCCUCAACGGCUCCUAUGAUUCCCUGUUUGGUAUCACAGUGGGCGCUGUGGGUGACCUCAACCAGGAUGGCUUCCAAGACUUUGCCGUCGGGGCCCCUUUGGAUGGUGAUGGCAAGGUCUAUAUCUACCAUGGAAGCAAUCUGGGAAUUAUCACCAAACCCGCUCAGAUCCUGACGGGGGAGAGUGUUGGCGUCAAGAUGUUUGGGUAUUCCUUUUCUGGAGGACUGGAUAUUGAUGGCAACUUCUACCCAGAUCUCCUGGUGGGUUCGCUCUCGGACACAGUGGUGCUGUACAGGUCCCGUCCUGUCGUCCACAUCUCCAGAAAUGUCUCCAUCAGCCCCCAGAACAUUGACUUGGAGCACAUGAACUGCCGCCAGGGGAAAAGCAUCUGUGUGGAUGUGAAGGCCUGCUUCAGCUACUCGGCCAACCCUCCAAGCUACAGUCCACCCAUUGUGCUUGAAUACACUUUUGAUGCUGAUACUUACCGACGGGGAUUAGGCCAGCCUUCCAGAGUUGCCUUCUGGAGCCAGAAGAACACAGACCCUGAAUAUCAGUACUUUGGCACAGUGGAGCUGCACAAGCAACACGUCCGUAGUUGUGCCAAAGCCACGUUACAGCUGAAGGACCAAGUCCGUGACAAGCUGCGGCCCAUUGUUGUGGUGGUGAACUAUAACAUCAAGCACGCCCGUAGCAGACGCCAGGCCCCGGGUGCCACACUGGGCCCGCUGCCACCAGUCAUGAGUGUCCUGCCACCUAACACGCAGAGGACGGAGGUGCAUUUCCUCAAGCAGGGUUGCGGGGAGGAUAAGGUCUGUCAGAGCAACCUGCAGCUGAGCUACAAGUUCUGCCUACGUUUGGAUGAUGCCGUCUUCCAUCCCCUGCCCCGGGGUGAUGACGGUUUGGAUAUUUUUUCUAUGAGUGAGCAAAAGUUUGUAGCCCUUGAAAUCUACCUCACCAACUUUCCUUCGGAUGCAGCUGAGCCACAUAAGGAUGGAGACGAUGCCCAUGAAGCCAUGCUGUCCAUCUUCCUGCCUCCUACCCUGCCCUACUCCACCCUGCGCCCCUACAAUGCCACGGAAAAGGCCCCAUCCUGUGUGUCUAACCAGAAUUCCUCAUAUGUUGAAUGUGAUCUUGGGAACCCUAUGAAACGUGGUGCACAGGUUCGGUUCUACCUUGUUCUGAGCACCUCUGGCAUUACCUUGGAGACCUCAGAGCUGGAAGUGGGGCUAGAACUUAACACGACCUCAGAGCAGCCAGGGCUGGUCCCAGUGACGGCACGUGCCCGUGUGGUCAUGGAGCUUCCUCUCUCGGUUACGGGAGUGGCCGAGCCACAACAGCUCUUCUUCAGUGGGGAGGUGCGAGGUGAAAGCGCCAUAAAAAAGGAGACGGAGGUGGGCAGCCCAGUGCGCUACAAGGUGACGGUCUCAAACAGAGGCCAGCCAUUUUCUACCCUGGGCUCUGCCUUCCUCAACCUCAUGUGGCCUAUUGAAAUUGUGAAUGGGAAGUGGCUCCUCUACCCCCUGAAGAUGGAGCUCUUGACCCAGUCUCAGGAUCGCACCACCUGCAGCCCCAAACCCAACCCACUGAAUCUGACUCUGGAGAUAACUAAUCAGGGUAGGAAGAAAAGAGAAGCUGAGCCGGCGGAGGCGCCCAGCCAAUCCCUGACUUACUGGGAAAGGCGAAAAAAUGCUACUUUGGAUUGUGCGCAGGGCACUGCCCGUUGCCAGCUCUUCCAGUGCCCGCUCCCCAGCUUUGACCGCUCAGCUGUGCUGACUGUCUGGGGCCGCUUAUGGAACAGCACUUUCCUAGAGGAGUACUAUGACGCGACAUCAGUGGAAGUGAUUGUUCGAGCCAACAUCACUGUGAAAUCCACCAUCCGUAACCUGAUUUUGAAGGAUGCCGCCACGCAGAUCCCAGUGACGGUCUACUUGGAUCCUGCUGUGGUCAUGACACGAGGUGUGCCCUGGUGGAUCAUCCUGAUCGCAGUCCUAGCUGGGAUCCUAGUGCUGGGCCUGCUAGUCUCUAUCCUGUGGAAGCUUGGCUUCUUCAAACGUGCCCGCUAUCAUGAAGACAAGGUGCCGCAGUACCACGCAGUCAAGAUACCUCGCCAAGAUCGCCAGCUUUUCCAUGAGGAGAAGACAGGCACCAUCACCAAGAAGGACUGGGUCACCAACUGGAGUGGGGACAGCGACGGGCAUGUUCCUGUCUCUGCCUAGAUACAGCCCUUCUCUGGGAUCCUGUGGCGAGCCUCUGACUGCUGCUUGAGGACCUCCCUUGUGGUGCCACCCUCACUGAUAGCAGCACUGCUUGUGCCUGCUCUUCUCUCUGAAAGACCUGCAGACCCUGGGCCACCUCUUUUUGGCAGUGGGAGGCGUGCUUGGCAGAGCUUCAGGGGGACGUGUGCUCAACAAGGCCAAAGGUUCUAAGGGGUUUUCCUCGUGCUCUGCUUUUUUCUUGUAAAGCUGGACGGUGUCUCUCAGAUGGAACCGAGCCCGCAGCACGAGAAGGAACCCUCUGCUUUCCCAGUUUCCUUGAAGAGUUACCUACUGCAAAAGAAACUGUACAGCCAGCUCUUGAAAAUGACUGGGCAUAGCAUUGUCCACUUCGCUUCAAAUAGGGCACCCAUUUGCCAGAAGCCUUGAUUCUUUGAGAAUGAGAACCUGGAUUCCUAGGGUGAUGCAGGGGGCCAAAGACAACCCCUCCAAAACCUUGUGGGAGAGAAGUUGUGAGAGACUGUCUGCUUUGGAGCCAGAUCAGUUUCUUCAUGCUAACUUUGUGUAAUUUAUAUUGUCAAACUAAUAUCAGAGACACUAGAUACCUGAAGUUGAGAGUUGGCCUGGAUCCGAGAUGACAUGUGUUAGUGACAGAGGUUCUUACUGUUCUUAAACAAGUUGCACCAAAAAGAUCCUUUCAGUUGCUCUCCACUGGUUUGCCAACACCUUUAAGAGCAAGCACAGCUCUGAUUGUUCUGGCAUCGCAUCCAUGCCAGGCAAGAAAUGCGCACUGGCAGCCGCAGCAUGCACAGUCAAUCCAGUGUCCCACUGCUACAUAGCAGCUUAGGAAGCGGAGGACCUGAUUCUCCCAGCAACAGGGUGGAAAGUGUUUGUGCCUUCACAGAGUGUGAAGGACAUUUCCGAACCCCUCCAUUCACUCCUCCUCCACCACGUAGCAGCUGCGUCAGUGCAGCACGAUCAAUAGACAUGUACUUGGAUACAAUUCCACUGAGUUCAGUUCUGCCUAUUCCCAGAUAAAUGUGCCUAGGACUGCAGCCUCGGUUGUGUUGUCCAACACAAAUGCACAGCACCCCUUUCCUGGGUGCUCUUACGGAAGUCCCUGCCUCUUUGGCCACACUUCCUGCUUUAUAACAUUAAACUCAGUGACCUGCCUUACAAAAGUGUGAGGAUGAAUAUCAUAAGCAAAAUACUUCACAAACCUUAUUGAAAAUAUCAUGGAAAUGUUGAAUAAUAAAACAACUGAGUCAAGAUAGCGUCAUGCCCAAACGGCAAGAUAGUCUGCUAUUUAUCCAUGAAGCUACAGUGUCUGACAUAGAUGCUUAAUAGAGGAUCAAAUUAAUUAUUUUUAUGGUUUAAAUAUUCAGAAGCUGAUGACUGUGGGAGAUGUUUACUGCCCAUCAAACUUGGAUUGGCUUUGAUGUUCUAGAACACUUCCUGGGCACCUGUGAGUGAGCUUCAGUAAGGGGAGCUGCCUGUAGCCAUUACUGGUCUCUUGAUAAGAGCCUUCAUUGGCACACUCAUCCCCUAAGUCCAACUUGAUCUGAAAAAAAAUCUGGAUUUCACCAGUAGAACUACCCCGUUACCUAAACUUUCUACCCAACUCAAAGUGUGACAAGUUGAAAUUGAUCAAGGCUUUCAGAUGCACCUGUUGUGGUAGUUAAAUAUGGGGGUUGGAGGAACUUUUGUCACCUCCAUCUCAAGGAAAAGCAAACUUCUUGGAACUGUAAGGCUUAUGCUAUGGUGCAAACAUACACAGAUUUGUACACCUUGUUUUAGCAGCGACCUCAGCCUUUUCUAGCACAAGGAGUAUGAAACGACAGGGUAAGGGCACAUCAUAUUGGGCAUAUCACAAAUGGCUAAUUCCAGCAAGGCCUCUCACAAUAAACCCACUGUUAAAUGGU